CAGCACCAGUACCCAAUUCAAGGAACUGUCGUCCAAAAUAGACAAAAUUUUGGAAAGACAGCGUUCCACUGAGGUGAAGGUGCAGGCCAUGCAAGGAAUGCUGGAGGCAUUCAUGGCGUCCAAAAUUGCAAAAGAGAAUGCAGAGGAAGUGGAUGAGGAACUGCGACUGGAUGAAAUUUUCCCACUUACCUCUGUCCAACAAAUUGAGGAAAUCGAGGAAAAACUCCAUCAAAAUGCAGCAUUCAAAAAAAAAUUGGUCCGUAAGUUGAGCUCAUAUGGGGGGGUCAACGGAAUGAAAACGAUCCGCACUAUUUGCAAGUGCAUUUUUACGGAUCCACUACUGGCAGAACAUUCUUGGCUGGGGACUAAUGCCAAAAAAAGUUUCAGCCAAUACAAAUUCCUGUAUAAAACUAUAUUGGAAGCGGUCCGAUCAAGGUACCCCACUUAUAGUGAAGCUGAGGGUGCUUCAUUUUUUAAAGGCUUUUUGAAGCAAGCCCCAUUUCGAAUGGGAAAACCGUCCACAAAUACCAGUUCCAACACCAGCUCCUCUGCCUCUGACGGGCAAUCCACAACAUAAUUAAGUUAAGC